GAAGCACAUAGAAAUCGAGGACAGGCUCCACCCAUUAAGUCUAGAGAGGAGGAGCUGGACGUUAUUUGAUUAUUUCACUCCUCCCCUCACCAUAACCACCUACUGUCUAAAAGUCAUUUCAGACGAGCUUGUAUAUUCACACUUCCUAGAGAGCUUUACUGAGCUACUGUACAACAGACCAGCAGCAUCUUCAGCUCUUUCUUUAUUACGAAACGUUCAGUGUUUAUUAUGACGUUUAUGUUCUUGUAGCCUACAUUUGUGUGUGUUUAAAUUGCAGCCAUUACAAAAUUAGGAACUGUUGCCAACUGAAAUCAUUCAGCGAAAUAGCAAAGAAAAUAUUUGACAUGUUUAUACUCUUCUGUCUGAGCUUAUGGAGUGGUGUGUUUGGUGAUGAUGCAGUGAAGUCAGAGUCAGUGACGGAGGGAGAAUCAGUCACACUAAACCCUGAUGUUAAUACAAUUAAUGAGCUACGGUGGAGCUUUAUACACAACAACAAAAAGAUUCUCAUCGCUCUAAUCGACAGACAGAACAAUAUAAGCAUACUUCAUGAUGAUACUCUUGAUGGGAGAUUCAGAGACAGACUGAAGCUGGAUCAGACUGGAUCUCUGAUCAUCACAAACACCAGAACCACAGACUCUGGACUUUAUACAGUCACCAGCACCAGCAGAGAGAAGCCGCUGAGCAUGUUCAGUCUUACUGUCUACGCUUGUCUUUCUAUUCCUGUCAUCACUAGUCACUGUCCUUCAUCUUCAUCACAGCAGAAUUGUUCACUGGUGUGUUCAGUGUUCAAUGUGAGUGAUGUGACUCUCUCCUGGUACAAAGGAAACAGUUUAUUGUCCAGCAUCAGUGUGUCUGAUCUCAGCAUCAGUCUCUCUCUUCCUCUGGAGGUGGAAUAUCAGGAUAACAACAACUACAGCUGUGUGAUCAACAAUCCCAUCAGAAACCAGACUCAACAUCUGGACAUCACUCAACUCUGUCACACAUGUUCAGGUUCUCCAGGCUCUGUAUAUCUGAUAGUGCUGGUUUCUGCUGCUGCUGGUCUUCUGUUGAUUGUCGUUGCAGUCAGGAUCUUCUGCAUCUGCAGGAAAACAGACCAAGAGGUUCAGAGUGGUGAAGAAAUCACAUAUGCUGAUCCGACAUUCUUCAAAAGAAAAGCACACAAGUCGACUGUUCAAGAGCAGGAAGAUGUGGUGUAUGCAGGAGUGGCCAGACACUGAAAAAAAAAUUAUUCUAUUUUAGGGCUGCCAACUUUCUAGAACCCACAGAUCCAAAAUACAACAGGAGGAUUACUGUAUUAGUGCAGAUAUUUUGUGUGUAAUGAUAAAUGCAUAUUUUAUGUCACACACAUACCUUUGAAUAUCUCAUACUAAAGGUGUUUAUAAGAACUAACCCUCACACAAUCUUGUUGACAUCAUUCAAAAAAGUGAGUUCAUCGAUGUUAACGUGGUAUUAACUGAAAAUUAAUGGAUUUUAUGCCAGGGCGUGUGGCCUAUGUGUGUGUGUUUUGUAUGUUUGUGUUUUCAGAUGUUACUGUACAGACAGUCCUGUGUGUCUCUGCUCAUAAAGUGAACCUUUUGAAGCUUUUAAAGCUGCAGUUGAUAAAUUUUGAUGCUCUAUCGGUUAAUAAACAGAACUGCUUGCUUCUUGUGGAAGAACAUCGUAGCCGGAACUACUUCUCUCUGUUUAUGUCUAUGAAGAAUCACAAAGGUACUGGGUUACUCCGCCACGGAACCCCCGAAGCAAUCUAAAAUAGUCAGAAUAUAAACACUUAUUAUAGGUGUACCCUAGUGAUUCAGGACAGGCUAAAAACACGGUUUGGAAAAUGGAUUCAUGGUGUACUCACUUAUUAUAUACAUUUUGUAAAUUGUGAACACAUAAAAAAGUUAUGGACCACAGCUCUGAUUGGUUAUUUUUUACCGGGAGCGAUGGAGUUUCUGCAAAUGGCAAUAGGACCACUGGGAGGAGCCAGAGGAGCUUGGUUUUUUUCUCUCAUAUUCUACUGUCAGGACAUAAUGACAGGUUUAACAAAUAUGUAAAAAAUACAUUUUUACAAAAUUUACCCACUGCAGCUUUAAACA